CUCUGCAAAGAGUUCCUACAAGCGAAUGUCUCUGCCAUACUUUAUAUGAUGAAUAAUGAGCAAUUUGGUCAUAGCACUGCCUCCGCCCAGUAUUUUCUACAACUGGCCGGCUAUCUUGGCAUACCGGUAAUCUCUUGGAAUGCUGACAACUCCGGUCUGGAGAGACGCGCCUCCCAAUCGACACUUCAACUUCAGUUAGCUCCAAGUAUAGAACAUCAAAGUGCUGCUAUGUUGAGCAUUCUAGAGCGUUACAAAUGGCAUCAAUUUUCGGUUGUCACCUCUCAGAUAGCCGGACACGAUGAUUUUGUACAGGCUGUACGGGAGCGUGUCGCCGAAAUGCAAGACCAUUUCAAAUUCACGAUACUCAAUUCGAUUGUGGUAACGCGCACCAGCGACUUGAUGGAAUUAGUGAAUAGCGAGGCUAGAGUGAUGCUCCUCUAUGCCACACAAGGCGAAGCGGUUACUAUUCUUAGAGCUGCUGAAGAAAUGAAGUUAACCGGUGAAAAUUAUGUGUGGGUCGUUAGUCAAUCGGUUAUUGAGAAGAAGGAUGCGCAUGCACAAUUCCCCAUUGGCAUGUUGGGUGUACACUUCGAUACGAGUAGUGCGGCGUUGAUGAAUGAAAUAUCGAAUGCGAUUAAAAUCUAUGCAUUCGGUGUGGAAGCCUACCUCACAGAUCCGGCAAAUCGGGGGCGACGCCUCACAACACAAUCACUAUCGUGUGAGGAUGAGGGACGCGGACGCUGGGAUAAUGGUGAAAUUUUCUUCCGUUACUUGCGUAAUGUGUCGAUUGAAGGUGAUCUGAAUAAGCCCAAUAUAGAAUUCACUGCCGAUGGCGAUCUCAAAUCCGCCGAACUGAAAAUCAUGAACUUGCGUCCUGGAGCAAACAAUAGGAAUCUGGUUUGGGAAGAGAUUGGUGUCUGGAAGUCAUGGGAGACGCAAAAGCUGGACAUUCGUGACAUCGCCUGGCCGGGUAACUCGCAUGCUCCACCACAGGGUGUACCCGAAAAAUUCCAUUUAAAGAUAACAUUCCUCGAAGAGGCACCCUAUAUCAAUCUCUCACCCGCCGACCCAAUUAGUGGCAAAUGUCUAAUGGAUCGCGGCGUCCUUUGUCGAGUCGCAGCCGAUCACGAGAUGGCCGCCGACAUUGAUGUGGGGCAAGCACAUCGCAAUGAAUCGUUCUAUCAAUGUUGUAGUGGCUUCUGCAUCGAUCUGCUUGAAAAAUUUGCCGAAGAAUUGGGUUUCACAUACGAAUUGGUUCGGGUCGAAGAUGGUAAAUGGGGUACACUUGAGAAUGGUAAAUGGAAUGGGCUGAUUGCAGAUUUGGUAAAUCGUAAAACCGACAUGGUAUUGACAUCGCUGAUGAUCAAUACCGAGCGCGAAGCUGUGGUGGACUUCAGUGAGCCAUUCAUGGAGACGGGUAUUGCGAUAGUCGUAGCGAAGCGUACAGGUAUUAUUUCACCGACGGCCUUUCUAGAACCAUUCGAUACGGCCUCAUGGAUGUUGGUUGGCAUUGUUGCAAUUCAUGCAGCCACUUUUAUGAUCUUCCUUUUCGAAUGGCUCUCGCCCAGUGGCUAUAAUAUGAAACUCUAUCUACAAAAUGCAAGUGUGACGCCAUAUCGUUUCUCGCUGUGUCGCACCUAUUGGCUUGUAUGGGCAGUACUGUUUCAAGCUGCCGUACAUGUGGACUCACCGCGCGGUUUCACCUCACGCUUCAUGACGAACGUGUGGGCUCUAUUCGCUGUGGUCUUCUUGGCCAUCUACACUGCUAACUUGGCUGCCUUCAUGAUAACGCGAGAGGAAUUCCAUGAAUUUAGCGGUCUUAAUGACAGUCGUUUGGUACAUCCCUACUCGCACAAGCCCUCGUUUAAGUUCGGCACAAUACCUUACAGUCACACUGACUCGACUAUACAUAAAUAUUUUAAAGAUAUGCAUCUCUAUAUGAGACAAUACAACAAAACUAGCGUCGCUGAGGGCGUAGCCGCAGUAUUAAAUGGUAAUCUGGACUCGUUCAUCUAUGAUGGUACAGUGCUCGAUUAUUUGGUGGCGCAAGAUGAGGACUGCCGUCUGAUGACAGUUGGCAGCUGGUAUGCUAUGACAGGUUAUGGUCUCGCUUUCAGUCGCAAUUCAAAAUACGUCCAAAUGUUCAAUAAGCGUCUGCUCGAAUUUCGCGCCAAUGGCGAUCUAGAGCGAUUACGUCGCUACUGGAUGACGGGUACAUGUCGACCCGGCAAACAAGAGCACAAAUCCUCAGAUCCACUUGCGCUAGAACAAUUCUUAUCGGCUUUCCUGCUACUCAUGGCCGGUAUUUUAUUUGCGGCGCUGCUACUUCUACUCGAACACGUCUACUUCAAGUAUGUUCGUAAGCGUUUGGCCAAAAAGGAUGGCUGCCAUUGUUGUGCGCUGCUCUCACUUUCGAUGGGUAAGGCGUUGACGUUUCGUGGUGCGGUUUUCGAGGCGACGGAAAUACUGAAAAAACAUCGCUGUAAUGAUCCCAUUUGUGAUACGCAUCUGUGGAAGGUGAAACAUGAAUUGGAUAUGUCACGUUUGCGUGUGCGACAGCUGGAGAAGGCACUGGAUCAACAUGGCAUUAAGCCACCGCAAUUGAGACUGGCAUCAUCCUCGGAUUUGCUGAAUCAUCAUCAUCUGAAGGAGCGUCCACCACUGCUGGGUAACCUGAGUUUGGCAGCGAGCGCACAAGAUUUAUACAGGUGGUCUUACAAAACGGAAAUUGCGGAAAUGGAGACGGUGCUGUAAGAAGCCACAGCACAACCCCACCACCUGCCCGAUAAUAUCAUCAUCAACAACAACGACACGACCAUCAAGGCAAC